AUGUGUAUAAUAUUUCUUUGUACUUACUGGUUCGCUGUUUUUUGCACCUUGUCUGCUAAAUUACUUGAGGACGAACAAAACAACAUAUGCGUGUCGGAAGGCUGUGUCAAAUCCGCGGCUUCCGUAUUGGCUAACAUCGACAAGUCGGUAAAUCCUUGCGACGAUUUUUACAAGUUCGCUUGUGGGAAAUUCACAGCUGGUGCCAGAGUACACGACGACAAGACGUCUCGAACAACUUACGAGGCGGUUAAUGAUGUACUCGUGGAUGACUUGCGCAGAAUUCUCGACCAGCCGAUCAAAACUAAUGAGCCGAAGCACUCAGUGAGAGCAAAAAAGUUGUUUGCCAUGUGUAUGGACGAGAAGAAACUUGAAGAACGAGAAACGGAAGCUUUGCGUGAGAUGCUUGAAAAGAUCGGUGGAUGGCCGGUGUUAUGUGGUGACCGCUGGGACGAGUCUAGUUUUCGAUGGACCGAUACAGUGUACAAGUUUCGAGAUCUCGGCCUUAGUGUUGACUUCAUGAUCGACCUGUCCGUUAAGGUAAAUCAUAAAAACACAGCUGCACACAUAAUCGAAAUCGAUCGAGCCGCGUUGGGGUUAAAUCCCUUUUAUCUGAAACGUGGACUUGGAGACAAAAUGGUCAGCUCCUACUUCAACUACAUGGUAGACGUAGCCGUAGAGCUGGGAGCAGAACGGUCACGAGCUGUUACUGAACUCAGACGGGCGCUUGAACUAGAAAUACAGCUUGCCAGAAUAUCACAGGUGAACUUGUCAGACAUAGGUAGUUUCAACUCGGAAAUCCCAUUGUGCGAGUUGGCUCGCAACUAUCCAGUGGUGCCUUGGAGCGAGUACGUCAACCGAAUAGUUUGCGGCCCGGCAAACUUGUGCGUCCGUGACAGCGAUGAACUUAUGUUGAAUAUGCCACAUUACUUGACAAACCUCGAUAUCAUCCUGAAAUCUACUCCCAAACGGGUGCAGGCUAAUUAUCUAGUUUGGAGAGCAACAGCAACGACCGUGACGUUUACAAAUCGACGUCUCAGAGACCGCCAACAACUUUUGUAUGAAGAGUGGUACGGGCGUCCUGCCCGUGAACCUAGGUGGACUGAAUGUGUUGACAUAGUUUCUUCAGCAAUGCACUUGGCUCUGGGCUCUAUGUACGUGAUACAUAAUUUCGAUAAACAAGCCAAGAAUGCCGCUUUCGAUAUGGCGGUGCGCAUCCAUAAAGAAAUGUAUCAGACACUUUUGAAAUCAGAUUGGAUGGAUCCUUCGACGAGAAAAAACGCGUUGGACAAAGUCGAGGCCAUAGAACAAUUUGUGGCCUAUCCGGAGGAACUGUUGGACACUACCACAGUGGACAGCUAUUACGAAACACUGAAAAUCAAUAACGACAAUGAUUAUUUUCAAACAUUUUUGCAACUGUCUAAGCUGAGUUGCGACAAGAGCUUUGGUUUUUUACACGAGGCCGUCAAUAAGUCCCACUGGAUCACUCACGGUCGAGCGGUUGUGGUCAACGCAUUUUACAAUUUAGUAGAAAAUAGCAUACAAAUUCCUGCGGGUAUACUGCAAGGGAUGUUUUUUUCGGCUGACCGUCCCAAUUAUAUGAACUACGGUGGCAUCGGUUACGUGAUCGGACACGAAAUAACCCACGGGUUCGACGAUCAGGGUCGACUUUUCGACAAGAAGGGUAACCUUCGUACGUGGUGGAACACGGAGACUAGCAACAAGUUUAAGGAUCGAGCUUUAUGCGUUCUACAACAGUAUAAUAAUUUCACUGCAGACGAGGCAGCAGGACUGCGAGUCAAUGGGCUAUAUACUCUUGGAGAGAACAUUGCCGACAACGGAGGCGUGAUGCUGGCGUAUAAUGCUUACCGUCGGUAUUCUAUGGACAAGAAGGAGCCACGAUUGCCAGGUCUCAACGAAUUUUCGCCCCGACAAAUGUUUUGGAUAAACGCCGCCAACAUAUGGUGUUCUGUGUACCGCCCGGAAGCCCUCAAACACAGUGUUUUGACGGGUCAUCAUUCGCCUGGCCAGUUCCGUGUGAUUGGCUCAUUUCAGAACCAACAGGACUUUGCCAAUGACUUUAGCUGCCCACAAGGCUCAUACAUGAACCCUGUAAAAAAGUGCAAGGUCUGGUGA